AGAGGAGAGGAAGAGUGACAAAAUGAAUAACAGGGAGAGAGAGGAGAGGAAGAGUGACAGAAUGAGUAAGAGUUUUGGUGAGACUGAUUCCAUCUCUGAGGGCACUAAAACAACGUGCUGGUUCCUUGGCCCCAGGUCUGGUAUCGUGAGAGACAAUCCAGCUGAUACUGGACUAUGACACUUGUAAUUUCCCGUCUGGGCUUCUAUAACUCAAGGGUAGUUUUUCUCCAUGCUUGUCCAUAAAACUCCUGUAAUGUAAAAUGCUGCAGCCCAUCUGGUGUUCAACCUUCCCAGUUUUCCCAUGUCACCCAUUCCUCCACCCACUAAAUUGGCCAUGGUGCUUGCCUACAGUCCAGCAAUGGAACAUUCCCUCCCAACCUUCAGGUCAUGUUUAAAACCCACAUAUCCAUCCAAGGUCUUUUUUCUGCCACUUCUGGUUUCUUGGCUGUCUCACCCCCGUGGGAGUCAAAGCUCUUCUCUUUUGUCCUGAUCCUGGGUAGAUUAAUACUCCUAUACAUGUAACUUGUAUGAAACCCAUAAAGGACUUAGCCGUACGUAUUCACAAAGCCUAUGAAAUAAUAUUUAUUUGAAAUAGGAAAAAAGAAAGCAAACAUUGGUGAGAAAGACAAAGAGAGGUUUCAAACUUUCUCAAUGAUAAUAUUAAACAUGGCAAACGGCUGACAUGAAUAGAUAAUGCUAAUAUGAAUAAUGCCUCUCAAUGCCAAAAGAACCAGAGGUCCCUUGCAGGGUCCAAAAUAUGGAAGAUACCUAGAGAGGAACCUGACUCCAGAGAGGAACCAGGGGUGGUCAGUCCCUUUUUGGCUGGAUGAAGAUUAUUACAGUACAUAACCUUAUGGGCCAAGUCAAUCUUUGCACUCUCUCUGUUGUGGUCUAAAAAAGCUAAAACAUUAGGAUUAUUAAAAUAAAAUGUGGCAAUUCAUCAUAGAAAGCAUACAAUGUCACAUUAAUGCAAAUUAGUACAACAAUGGAAAUAAUAGACAUACAUACAGUGACAAGAUGGUUUCAAUUCAAAUGGUCAUGCUUCUACCAAUCCAGGUAUAAUACUGAGCUUAAACCCUAUACUAACUUGAAAUUGUAUUGAAUAUUUCAUAGAAAAAUACUAUUUUAUAUAGCUUCCUUUGCAUAGUGUUAAUUAACCACCAAAUAGGGUUAACUGUUUAAGCUCUAGAGAUCAAACAAACUUUGUUCGACAUAUUUAGGGUAUGAAAAUGCUUGAACGUUAUUGACUAUGACUGUCACUCACAGUUGAAGAGUACCUAUGACAAAAAUUACAACCUUCUACAUGCUUUGUAAGUGGGAUACCCUGCAAAAUCGGCAGUGUAUCAAAUACUUGUUCUCCCCACUGUAUUUGUGGUUGGAAUAGUGAAAAUAAGCAUGUGUUUUAACAUUGACAUGUAAAGCCCAUAAAGACAUGAGACGGUGUUAGAGUUUUUGGUACGGAUGCUUAAAAGCACAUUGUUGUGAGUUAACAUUUGCAAAGCUGUGAGGCCAGAUGGAAUACCAGGUGAUUCUACCAGACCACCAAAGCCCCAAUAACAGAAAGGCAACCUUCUUAAAAGACCUUAGUCCUGUAGCACUCACUUCCAUAGCCAUGAAAUGCCCUAACAUAUCCAAAGAUGAUGCAAUCUUAACUUGACACUGAAAUCUUACACUUGGACAAGAAGAAUUCCUAUGUGAGAAUACACUUUAUUAACUACAGCUCAGUGCUCGACAGCAUAAUACCUUUCAAACUCAUCAUUAAAACCCUGGGACUGAACACCUCCCCUACAACUGGAUCCUGAACAUCCUAAGCAGCUGCCCACUGGUGUUGAGGGUAGGCAGCCACACAUCCACCACGGUCACCGCCAACAUGUGGCCCCUCAGGGCUGCUUAGUCCCUUACUAUACUCCAUAUUCCCCAACUGUGUGGCUGUGAACAACACAAGUUGGCUGAUGACUUUUGAGUGGUAGGCUGAUGACUUGUCGGUGGUCGGCUGAUGACUUGCCUGUAAUAGGCUGAUGACUUGUCGGUGGUUGGCUGAUGACUUGUCUGUGGUUGGCUGAUGACUUGUCCGUAGUAGGCUGAGGACUUGUCUGUGGUUGGCUGAUGACUUGUCUGUGGUAGGCUGAUGACUUGUCUUUGGUAGGAUGAUGACUUGUCAGUGGAAGACUGAUGACUUGUCUGUGAUAGGCUGAUGACUUGUCUGUGAUAGGCUGAUGACUUGUCCUUGGUAGACUGAUUACUUAUCUGUGGUAGGCUGAUGACUUGUCUUUGGUAAGCUGAUGACUUGUCUUUGGUAGGUUGAUGACUUGUCAGUGGAAGGCUGAUGACUUGUCAGUGGAAGGCUGAUUACUUAUCUGUGAUAGGCUGAUGACUUGUCCGUGAUAGGCUGAUGACUUGUUAGUGGAAGGCUGAUGACUUGUCAGUGGUUGGCUGAUGACCUGUCGGUGGUAGGCUGUUGACUUGUCCAUGGUUGGCUGAUGACUUGCUUUAGUAGGCUGAUGACUUGUCUGUGGUUGGCUGAUGACUUGUCUGUGGUAGGCUGUUGACUUAUCCAUGGUAGGCUGAUGACUUGUCUGUGGUAGGCUGAUGACUUGUCAGUGGAAGGCUGAUGACUUGUCAGUGGUAGGCUGAUGACUUAUCAGUGGAAGGCUGAUGACUUGUCAGUGGUAGGCUGAUGACUUCUCUAUGGAAGGCUGAAGACUUAUCGAUGGUAGGCUGAUGACUUGUCUGAGGUAGGGUUAUGAAUGGUCUGUGGAAGGCUGAUGACUUUUCAGUGGUAGGCUGAUGACAUCUCAGUGGUUGGCUGAUGACUUGUCUGUGGUAGGCUGAUCACUUGUCAGUGUUAGGCUGAUGACAAUGGAGCUGAUUGUGGAUAACAAGAAAAGGAGAGACAAGAAUAGCCUACUUCCACAUUUACAGGACUAAUGUAGAAGGGUAGAGAGUUUCAAAUCCACAUCACCAAAAAACUGAAAUGGUUGACACACGCUGACUGCUGUGAAGAAAGCAUGUCAGAACCUCUUCCCACUUAGGAGGCUUAAAAGAUUUUGCAUGGCUGCUCAGAACCUCAAAAAGUUUCACAACUGUGCCAUCUUGUCAGGCUAGAUCAUUUUUUCCUAUGGCAUCAGCACAGCCCUUGAUUGCACGAUGCCUCAGUGGAUGGUUGCAACAGCCAAGUUCAUCAAUGAUGCCAAGCUACCUGUCAUCCAAGACCUUAGAAGAUUUUCCCAGGCACCCAAGUCAUAGACUAUUGUGUGUGUUACCACAUGGAAGGCAUGGUGUUGGGUAUCCGUCCCUCAAGUACAUAACUGUAGGAUCUUUCGUACUCUUAAACAAGGCUACCAAAUGAAAGACUAUGAAAUGUUAAUGAUAAUUAAGUUUCUGUUUUUGCCCUAUCCCUGAUUUGAAUAUAUACAUGCAGUACACUCCCCCACACACUUGAACUAACUUGAACACACGACUCCAUGCACACACACACAUGGAAACGCACACACACUCAAGCGUUUCACUGGUGGACGACACCUGUUGGUAAGUCCAUCCACCAAAACCAGACAAAGAACUUUGACCAAUAAAUUUUUUCCCACAGCCCACUCACUCCUCUACUGUCCACUCACUCCCACAGCCUGGUCACUCCUACUUUCCACUCCCUCCUACUGUCCACUCACUCCCGCAGCCUGGUCACUCCUACUUUCCACUCCCUCCUACUGUCCACUCACUCCAACAGCCCGCUCACUCCUACUGUCCUCUCAGUUUCACAACCCGCUCACUCCUACUGUCCACUCACUCCCACAGCCUGGUCACUCCUACUUUCCACUCACUCCUACUGUCCUCCCAGUUUCACAACCCGCUCACUCCUACUGUCCACUCACUCCCACAGCCCGCUCACCCAUACUGUCCUCCCAGUACAGUCCUCUCACUCCUACUGUCCUCUCAGUACAGUCCUUUCACUACUAUUCUCUCACUCCCAGAGCCCUUUCCCUCCUACUGUCCUCUCAGUUUCACAGCCCUCUCACUCCUACUGUCUUGGAUAGGGUUCAGUGUGUGGGGUGGCAUAAUCAAAGAAGUGAAGGUGAAUAGAUGAAGAAUCAGUCAUUAUUCCCUCUGCUGUACUGUAGAACUGAUCUGCCUUUCAACCUCUCUCUCCUUCCUUUCUAUGGCUCUGGUCUUUGACCCUCCUCUUCUCUACCUUCCUUGGAACACUCUUUGUGUACCUGUACCUCCCUCUGCUCUACUCUCUCUUUACCUAUGCUAUCCUUCUUUCCUAUCCUGCAUGUCGGUUAUUCUUUCAUUUCUCUUUGUCUUCUCCAUUUUUUUGUCGACAUCUUUCUCUCCGGUUCCUACUCUCUUACUCGUACCUGCUCCUUCUGUCCCCAUCCCUCUCCUCCUUUUCUUCCUCAGCAUGGACGAUCAGACUUUUCAUGGGAAGGAAUCAAUCUGUCUAUGGAGGACACCACGUCCAUACUGCCUCGCCUGAAGAGGAACAACUCUAAUGCCUACGGGAUCGGUGCUUUAGCUAAGUCUUCUCUGACAGGUGUGUCAGGUGUGAAUCGCUCCAUGAAGGACAAGGUGACCAAGCCCACGUCCAUGGCCCAAGGCCGGAUGGCACACAUGAUCGAGUGGCAGAACUGGGACAUGUCUGUGGUGGGCCCAGGGGGAGUGUCGGUGCCGCGCAAGUCCACAGCAGAGCAGGAGAUUGAGAGGCGGAUGGAGAGUGAUGCCUACAGUGACCUCAGCGACGGGGAGAAGGAGGCCCGCUUCGCUGCAGGUAUACUGCAGCAGUUUGCUAUCUCCCAAGCAACACUCAUGGCCUGGACCUCAAUGGAUGGAGAGAGCCUGAUGUCAGGGUCUAACCAGGGUAGCGUGGCCCACCUCAGCGAGGUCAACCAGGAGAGCAUUACCAGCCGAGACCAGAUACUGCACCACUCCUCUGCCGACAUGUGGCCCAACACCUACGUCGCCCAGGGUCUCUACUGCCUCUCAUCCUCUGAUGCCUGGGAGCCUAUCAGCAACGAGCCCUCUGGUGUGGCCUCCCCCGCUGCAGGCUCUUACGUGAUGCAGCAGGGCGGGACUUCCUGUGAAGGGUUUGAUGGGAGCACAUUGCUGCAGCAGCAGCAGCAGCAACAUCAGUACAGCCUACAGCAGCAGAGUCAGCUCCAUCAGCUCCAUCAGCUCCAGCAGCUCCAGCACUACCAGCAACAGCAGCUCCUGUAUCAGCAACAACAGUCUCUAGAGCAGAGGCUGCACAGUGCCAACCACUCCCUGCAAGCCACGCCAAACAGCACCAUUCACAGCCUGGCGCCUUCCACUCACGCCCCAUUGGUGGACCUGUGGGGGGCGGGGAAGACAGAAUCCUACCAGGCUGACAUAGGCGGGUACAACAUAGGCGUGGCAGCGGUGGUGGAGGCGGCGCUCAGUGUCCCAUCUGACGAGGGGGCAGGGAUUGAACACUCCCCUCUAAUAGAGCAGCAGGAGGGAGAGGAGGAGGAGGAGCUGAAGGAUGAGGAGGUGACACUGUGUAUGGAGCCAGAGACUGUCACGCUAACCCAGCCAACACAGCGAGAUGAAGCCAUCGCCUCAGGCGGCAGUAGUCCGGGGCAACGUAGUCCCGGGCGCAGCAGUCCUGGUCGCAGCAGUCCUGGUCGCAGCAGUCCUGGUCGCAGCAGCCCUGGUCGCAGCAGUCCAGGACAACCACCAGCGCAACAUUUUACGGAGCGAAAGUCUUCAGAUGUCAGCUGUGGAGGUGUCCAAACGCAGGACGAGAAGGAAGAGAGGCACGGGCCUGCUGUUGCCUUGGCUUCCAUGGCAACCAACUGAUUGUCAAUCAGAGGCCUGACCUACUGACACUUGGUGUUGGGAAUGACUGAUUCAAGUAGUCAAAUAUUUAUCCAUUCAUCUGUUCCUUUUCAGGUAUCCAACACAGUUUUGAUGUGACAUGGACCCUUGAUUCUCUUGUUGAGUGAAUGAGGAUGCUUUGGGAAUAAUCCCAUGGUGUCAACAGCUGGUCCAACUUAAUAUAACUUAUUCUUUUGAAAGCCUUACAUCCAAUGGAGUAGAAGGAGGAAUGGAGGAAUAAAGAGAGUUACCAGAGACUGAGUGAUCAAUAUGAGAGAUGAGGCUGAAGGGAAAAGAAGAGCUGAGAGACAUUUGAGGAAUAGGGAACUUGAAACAUGCAUGCUAUGUAAUGAGACGUGUGACUUGAUCCGGUCGCUCUCAAAUAUGAUAACGAUCAUAACAUCUAUAGUAAUAAAAAAUGAUUAUGACAACAAUAAUUUUAUAAUAAAGCAAAAAAUUCAGAUGACACAAAAAUAUGUGUAUAAGUGUAUGGUGAAAUAAUAUAUAUAUAAAAGAAUAUCAAACACUGUCUCUCCCUAAGAGAACUACUCUGUUUACAGCUAACACUCAACACGUUAAAUAAAACAUUAUCAAGCCCAUAGCCUGAAGAACAACAACCUCUCUGUCCUCUUCUGCCAUUCACACAGUGACAUUCACAACACUUAGAAUUAACUGCACCAGUACAGAACCACUUCAGUAGAUUAGGUGCAUGUCACCCCCAACAGAUUACACUUAUUUGAUUAUCAUGAAGGAAUUUCAUCCUAAUUGAGACUUUGCAACCUAACUAGUACCGUGAACUUUAACCCCCUUAAUAUAAUUAGGAAGACAACAACAUUCCUAUGUUGCUUCAGGCCUCUCUUGUGGGUCCCACUUGUAACACUGCACAGUUAAAAGAUUCUAAUUUAAGAUUGUGUGCUUCCUACUCUGUCUUCAUGGAUGCAUUUUCUUCAGAGUACUAUCAAGUACCUGUCCUAUACUGCACUGUAUAGACAUUGCACUGAACCACAGCACUAUGGGCUGGACCGCCGAGGAGUCAGGACUGGUUGUGUUCUGCUUGACUGCCUCUUCGGUCUGUAUCAUGGAGCAACUGGUGAACAGACAGAAUCUGUGGUGAAUCUCUUUGCACUGAUGCAUUCCGACAGGUGGACGUCACCUGUGGACUUUUGUCACACAUCAAUGUCUUUGAUUACUGAUCAAAAAGAGCUUUUAUCAUUGCCAAGAACCAAAAAAUAAUCAUCAGACGAGAUGGGUCCUGAGCUGUUUUUCCAAGUAUAAACUAAGGAUGUCUGGAAAAGGAGCGAGGGCUUUGAAAGUAUGUAGUACCAACAGGAAGAUUGUUUAAAUGAAGAGGAUAUUCUGUUUUGACCCAGAUUGUUGUUUUGAUAUCGGCUCUUGGGGACAACACAAAGCUUAUCUUUGUGGAGAAGGUAGUAGGAGAGAGCGGUUUGAAUAGUGUAGUGAUUCUAUUCCACUGUAUAUGAUUGUAAGAAAAACCCAGAUCUCUUAAAUGGCUGGUGGCCAGUACCGUCAUGUAGAUGUAAAUAUUAGGGAGAGGAUAUGAACCACAUCCCUCACAGUCACAACUGCAACAGUUUCUUUAUUUUUCUAUAAGUGUCAGUCCCAUCUCUUUCCUUUGGGAAUCUUGUUGAGCUCCCAAGUAAGGUUUGUUGGUUUUCUUUUUUUGUAUCACCACACAUUAAGGUAAAGGAUAGGGGAAUCUCAACAUUGUAAAUAGUUUAACCUCUGUAUUGGAUAUUUGAAUUUUGGUGUAAAAUGAUCUCAUUUGACUGGGUCCAAGAAGAACAUUAAAGUCAAUCAGGGAAUAUACUAAAGUAAUGCUAGAGCUGAACACCAGAGCAGAGCACUAAAAACAAGUACUAAAACUGAACACAAGAACCGAAUAGAACCAGUGUCUUCCUGCUCAUGGUGACUACUGCACCGUGAUGGAGAACUGGGAUGUUUGGGUGUGUAUUUCCUGAAGAGGAAUGUGUGAAACUCCAUGGAGUAAUGUUAUUCAAUUUGGGAGACAUGACAGAAUUGGAAUUUGUUUUGGAGAUACUGCUCUGGGCUGUAUGUGCAUGUAUCACUGAUGAAGACAACAACAGUGAUUCUUCUUAUUAUUAUUUAACAGAGAACAACCUUCUCUUUUAUGUCUGAUGAUUGUGUGAAAACAAACACUUUUACGAGAAAAAAAAAAGGUCAACUUUAUUUAUUAUUAUAAUACAUUUAUUUAUUGAUCAAGUAUUUAUGCAAUGUUGGGACAAUGUUUAUUUUUCUACUAAAUUGUUGACACCCCCUCCAGUAUCAGACAGAAUAUGUGUGGUUUAUCUAAAGCAAUUUUGUGUGUGUUGGGGUUCUCUCUCUGACUGGGCAAACAGACCAAUAGCAUAAUAUCUUUGAGUGGAAUUAGAUGGAGGGCUAAUAAGGAUGGAGGUUGGUUCCAGCAUAGGACUAACACAAUUGAUUCAGACCAUUUUCAGCAGACAUGAUUAGUGCCAAUCAGUUGUGUUAAAGUUGGAUUGGAGCAAAUCCUUGCAUAGACUGACUACAGACCUCCAGGACAAGGGUUAAGGGUUUGCAAACUCUGGCCUGAACCAACCCAUCAUGAGGCACACAGUGAUGUCAUUAGAAUGGUCCUAAGCAGUGGUGAAGACUGUGUCACAGUUGAUAACCUGAUACAAACUCAAACCAUCCCAGUUCCUCUCCUAGUUGGAAGGGACAGUGAGAUGGUGUUGGGUUGUUAUAACUAGGGCUGGGUGUCUCUCCUGACCACGUGUCCUGACCAAGACAACUUAGCUCUUCUACUAAUAUAAAAUGUUGAUCUGUCGCUGUACUGUGUAGUGUUUUGGAUUGGUGUUACCCAUCAGCCUCCAGCUGGAUAUCCCAGGCUUGGCAUGAGAGCUGCAACCAACAGAUGUCUUUACCCAACCACUCAUAUUCAUUUAUUUAUUUAGGAUUAUUUGGGGGAGGAAUAACCUGACAGCCUGUAUAAAGUUUAUUAUUUAUGGUAGGUAGGAUACACAUGUUCAGUUGAAGCAUUAUUGUUUUGUGGGUUGUCAUUUGGAGUUUCUGAAGUCUGACUCUUAGAAAUUAAUCUGACGAGUGAAAACACAAACAUGAGCCCAGAGAAUGAUAUAACUUUAACAGAAACUGUACUUAGUUUUUGACAAAUAAGAACUUACUGAAUGAAUAAAUGAAUAACAAGAAGCCAAAUGUAUUGCCUUGGAUGUUAUUGUUAUUGAUUAUGUCGUGGAUAAUCGACAUAAUCGACUGACUUUUUGAUUUCCAGUUUGUAUGUUUCUACUGCCGUCUUUCAAUAUGUCAGAACGUACCUGCAGGCAUGAGGAUGAUGCAGACAUCCGCUACCAGUCUGUUUGCCCUUCUACCCCCCCCACUGUACCUGUUCUGUACUGUCUUUAUGUGUCGCCGUCUGUCUGUCUGUUUAUGUAGCUGACUGCUCUCUUGUUAGGAGAGUCACAGCCUAAAAACAGAAACCGACCGAUUGACCAAUCGGAUUUGAGGAGCAGACGUUUACAGUAUGUGGUCCAUUUGUCGACUGUGCCAUACUGAACCUGAAGUAAAUUACAUUUACAAUUGGCUUGAUUCAGUCUCUUUUCAUUUCAGAUGAUCCGUGUAAACUGGCAAUACCAGUCUUUUAAGGCCCUUUCCUAUGCAUGCUGGGAAAAGGUUUUGGCAGUUUGGUUCUACCAUGUGUUCUCCCUGUUCUGCUGUAACCCCUAUGUCUUUCUCUUUCCCUUUCUUUUCUCUGCAUGACAGAACACCCAUCCUUUUAACCUAAAAACACCCCCUCCCCCAAACGAAAAACUGUGGAGAAAGAACCAAUAAACAAACCAUUAAGAAUUA